GAUGACAGCAGCCCUUAGCAGGGUAUAAAAGGGGACCUGGGGCAAGCAGACUUCCAAACCUUCCAACCCACCUUCCUGAAAACUCACUCCGAACCUCCACCCUCUGACACCAUGGUCAACUCCUGUUGUGGAUCCGUCUGCUCUGACCAGGGCUGUGGCCAAGGCUGCUGCCAGACCACCUGCUGCCGCCCCAUCUGCUGCCAGACCACCUGCUGCCGCCCAACCACCUGCUGCCGCCCCAGCUGCUGUGGUUCCUGCUGCUGCCGCCCCAGCUGCUGCAUUUCUAGCUGCUGCCGCCCCUCCUGCUGCUGCUGCCAGACCACCUGCUGCCGCCCCAGCUGCUGCAUUUCUAGCUGCUGCCGCCCCUCUUGCUGUGGCUCUAGCUGCUGUGGCUCCAGCUGCUGUCGUCCUUCCUGUUGCAUCUCCAGCUGCUGCCGCCCCUCCUGCUGUGGUUCUAGCUGCUGUGGCUCCAGCUGCUGUCGUCCUUCCUGUUGCAUCUCCAGCUGCUGCCGCCCCUCCUGCUGUGGUUCUAGCUGCUGUGGCUCCAGCUGCUGUCGUCCUUCCUGUUGCAUCUCCAGCUGCUGCCGCCCCUCCUGCUGUGGUUCUAGCUGCUGUGGCUCCAGCUGCUGUCGUCCUUCCUGUUGCAUCUCCAGCUGCUGCCGCCCCUCCUGCUGUGGUUCUAGCUGCUGUGGCUCCAGCUGCUGUCGUCCUUCCUGUUGCAUCUCCAGCUGCUGCCGCCCCUCCUGCUGUGGUUCUAGCUGCUGUGGCUCCAGCUGCUGUCGUCCUUCCUGUUGCAUCUCCAGCUGCUGCCGCCCCUCCUGCUGUGGUUCUAGCUGCUGUGGCUCCAGCUGCUGUCGUCCUUCCUGUUGCAUCUCCAGCUGCUGCCGCCCCUCCUGCUGUGGUUCUAGCUGCUGUGGCUCCAGCUGCUGUCGUCCUUCCUGUUGCAUCUCCAGCUGCUGCCGCCCCUCCUGCUGUGGUUCUAGCUGCUGUGGCUCCAGCUGCUGUCGUCCUUCCUGUUGCAUCUCCAGCUGCUGCCGCCCCUCCUGCUGUGGUUCUAGCUGCUGUGGCUCCAGCUGCUGUCGCCCCUCCUGUUGCAUCUCCAGCUGCUGCCGCCCCUCUUGCUGUGGCUCCAGCUGCUGUGGCUCCAGCUGCUGCCGGCCCUCCUGCUGCCCCUGCUGCUGCCUCCGCCCAGUCUGUGGCCAGGUCUCCUGCCCCACCAACUGCUAUCGCCCCACCUGUGUCAUCUCCACCUGCCCCCGCCCCAUGUGCUGUGCCAUCCCUGACUGCUGAGC